AUGUAUUUCCUCAAUCUUGAUCCUCAAAACACUUAUCAACUUGUGUGGUAUUGUUCCUGUUCGUGGUUAGUUUUGGGGAUCUGGCCUUUGCGUAUUGAGAAGCAAGGUCAUGGAGAAGAUGAAUGCAAAAAGAGGAAAGUCCCAUAUUUGCAGGCUGCUGAAGAUGCACAGAAUACGGAAAUGCAGGGAUUUCCACUGGAUAUAGGAAGGAAGGACAAAGCAAGGGAAUACAAUAAGGAAAGACGACAAGGAAAUCAAAGAUAUCUAUCCUCAGUAAACCAAUCCCAUUUGGUUCAAAAAACACAGCAAAUAAGGAAACCACAGAAAGAAUCAAUUACAGAGAAUAAUGCUGACCCUUUGGAAGAUUCAAUUCCUAAUUUUGAUCGACAUACUGCAAAGGGAACUCCUAUGAUUAAUUAUGAAUAG